GUUAAUUAAACACGAAUCACACCAGUAUAUGACAAUAUCGCUGUAACAAUACCUGCAAAAACCUGCUAUUAAAUACAAUUAAAAUAAAACACGAAAAAGAGUGGUCGUGGCUACGUCACGGUGCGUCACCAGCAGAACAACAAAACAACAGGAAGCUGCCGGGUGAGCGUGAAGAGCUAAAUUUAACGGGUUUCAUUUUAUUGGUUUUAAUCUGGUAUUUAUCGGCUCCACGGUCCUGGACUAUCGCUGCAGGAGGGAGAUGGAGGGCUCAAAGUCUUCGAGCACCACGAUGCAAGUGAGCUUCGUGUGUCAGCGAUGCAGUCAGCCUCUAAAACUCGACACGUCCUUCAAUGUUUUGGACCGGGGGACCAUCCAGGAGCUGAUUGCUCCCCUGGUUACUGUAACGCCCAGUAAACAGACUGAGAGUGGAGGCAGUGACAGCCCCCCUGAGGAAACAUUUGUGGAGAGCAAACCUGAUGGAGUAUCAAGGAAGUACAUCCCGCCUGCAAGGAUGAUGUCUACAGAAAGUGCCAACAGCUUCACUCUGAUUGGAGAAGCGUCUGACGGAGGAACCAUGGAGAACCUGAGUCGCAGGCUGAAGGUUACAAGUGAUCUGUUUGACAUCAUGUCAGGUCAGACCGAUGUAGACCACCCGCUGUGUGAGGAGUGUACAGACACACUGCUGGACCACCUGGACACACAGCUCAACAUCACUGAAAACGAGUGUCAGAACUACAAGAACUGUCUGGAGCUGCUGUCUCAGCUGCAGGAGGAGGACGAGGGCUCGCUGCUGAACGAGCUGCAGCAGCUCAGACAGGAGGAGGACGCAUUGAUCCAGCAGCUGGAGGCCAUCGAGGAGAAGCGAGAGGUCGUAGCCAAGGACCUGUCUGAAGCUCGCGUACACACUCAGCAACUGGACACGGAGGAGCUGCAGUAUCAGAAGGAGUACUGUGAGUUUAAACGGCAGCAGCUGGAGCUGGAUGAUGAACUGAAGAGUGUGGAUAAUCAGAUGCGUUACUGUCAGACUCAGCUGGACAGACUCAAGAAAACCAACGUCUUUAAUGCCACCUUCCAUAUCUGGCACAGUGGGCAGUUCGGAACCAUUAAUAACUUCCGUCUUGGCCGUUUACCCAGCGUUCCUGUGGAGUGGAAUGAGAUUAAUGCAGCCUGGGGUCAGACUGUGCUCCUCCUGCAUGCUCUGGCUAACAAGAUGGGCCUGCGGUUCCAGAGGUAUCGGUUAGUUCCGUAUGGAAACCACUCCUACCUGGAAUCCCUCACAGACAAAUCCAAGGAGCUGCCGCUGUACUGCUCGGGCGGACUGCGCUUCUUCUGGGAUAAUAAAUUUGACCAUGCGAUGGUGGCCUUCCUGGACUGUGUUCAGCAGUUUAAAGAGGAGGUGGAGAAGGGAGACACCGGCUUCUGUCUUCCCUACAGGAUGGACGUGGAUAAGGGGAAGAUUGAAGACACAGGGGGCAGCGGAGGGUCCUACUCCAUAAAGACUCAGUUUAACUCGGAGGAGCAGUGGACCAAAGCCCUUAAAUUUAUGCUUACCAACCUUAAAUGGGGCUUAGCUUGGGUCUCCUCACAGUUUUACAACCGCUAGAGCUUCACCAGCCCCUCAACUACACCAGAGACUGAGCUUCACCAGCCCCUCAACUACACAAGACUCUCAACUUCACCAGACCCUGAACUACACCAGACCCUGAACUUCACCAGACCCUCAACUUCACCAGCCCCUCAACUUCACCAGACCCUCAACUUCACCAGCCCCUCAACUACACCAGACCCUCAACUUCACCAGACCCUGAACUACACCAGACCCUGAACUACACCAGACCCUGAACUACACCAGACCCUGAACUACACCAGACCCUGAACUUCACCAGACCCUGAACUUCACCAGACCCUGAACUUCACCAGACCCUGAACUUCACCAGACCCUGAACUACACCAGACCCUCAACUUCACCAGACCCUGAACUACACCAGACCCUGAACUACACCAGACCCUCAACUACACCAGACCCUGAACUACACCAGACCCUGAACUACACCAGACCCUGAACUACACCAGACCCUGAACUUCACCAGCCCCUGAACUUCACCAGCCCCUCAACUACACCAGCCCCUGAACUACACCAGCCCCUCAACUACACCAGCCCCUCAACUUCACCAGACCCUCAACUUCACCAGACCCUCAACUUCACCAGACCCUGAACUACACCAGACCCUGAACUACACCAGACCCUGAACUACACCAGACCCUGAACUUCACCAGACCCUCAACUUCACCAGACCCUCAACUUCACCAGACCCUGAACUACACCAGACCCUGAACUUCACCAGACCCUGAACUUCACCAGACCCUGAACUUCACCAGACCCUGAACUACACCAGACCCUGAACUUCACCAGCCCCUGAACUUCACCAGCCCCUGAACUUCACCAGCCCCUCAACUACACCAGACCCUGAACUACACCAGACCCUGAACUACACCAGCCCCUCAACUACACCAGACCCUCAACUACACCAGACCCUGAACUUCACCAGACCCUGAACUUCACCAGACCCUGAACUUCACCAGACCCUCAACUACACCAGACCCCGAACUUCACCAGACCCCGAACUUCACCAGACCCCGAACUGCACCAGACCCCGAACUGCACCAGACCCCGAACUGCACCAGACCCCGAACUGCACCAGACCCCGAACUGCACCAGACCCCGAACUGCACCAGACCCCGAACUUCACCAGACCCCGAACUGCACCAGACCCCGAACUUCACCAGACCCCGAACUUCACCAGACCCCGAACUUCACCAGACCCCGAACUUCACCAGACCCCGAACUUCACCAGACCCCGAACUUCACCAGACCCCGAACUUCACCAGACCCCGAACUACACCAGACCCUGAACUACACCAGACCCCGAACUACACCAGACCCCGAACUUCACCAGACCCCGAACUUCACCAGACCCCGAACUUCACCAGACCCUGAACUACACCAGACCCUGAACUUCACCAGACCCUGAACUUCACCAGACCCUGAACUUCACCAGACCCUGAACUUCACCAGACCCUGAACUUCACCAGACCCUGAACUUCACCAGACCCUGAACUUCACCAGACCCUGAACUUCACCAGACCCUGAACUUCACCAGACCCUGAACUUCACCAGACCCUGAACUUCACCAGACCCUGAACUUCACCAGACCCUGAACUUCACCAGACCCCGAACUUCACCAGACCCCGAACUUCACCAGACCCCGAACUUCACCAGACCCCGAACUACACCAGACCCCGAACUACACCAGACCCUGAACUACACCAGACCCCGAACUACACCAGACCCCGAACUUCACCAGACCCCGAACUUCACCAGACCCCGAACUUCACCAGACCCUGAACUACACCAGACCCUGAACUUCACCAGACCCUGAACUUCACCAGACCCUGAACUUCACCAGACCCUGAACUUCACCAGACCCUGAACUUCACCAGACCCUGAACUUCACCAGACUCUCAACUUCAUCAGAUUCACUCGUCUUUCAGGCUUUGCUCAGAUUUCCAGUGAAAAUAAAAAAGCACAUGCACGGUUCUGCAGUUACUAGUAAUAAUACUGAUAAACACAGUCUCCUACAGUACUGUAGCAUCCAUUACUCCAUUAGUUUCAUUUUAACUCACUUUACUCUGUACCUGAUGAUCUAAAAUUUCUGGAAGUCUACUGGUCAGCGUGGGGCUCUGUCUGCUGAACAUCCACAGAGACACUACAUGGACCAUGGAUUCAGGCUUAAUAAGAAAUGUUACGGACUGAUAUAUAACUGAACUAAUAUAUAAUUAUAUAUAUAUAUAUAUAUAUAUAUAUAUAUAUAGUUCAGUUAUAUAUACAUCAAUUAUAUAUUAUAUAUAAAAUAAUAAAUAAUGGUCUGUACUGGAAUGCUACCACAAAGCCUGUGUGUAUUAGCCUAGAGUAUUACACUGGAUCUGCACUGGAGCAGAACCAGAUCAUUAUUGUAAGAAAAAUGUUUGAAACAACUGAAUCUGCUUGUAGAAAUAAACUAUAAGGCCAAAUGUUUGUGGACACUUGCAUGUCUCUCACCAUCUGCUUCAGUCCAACAUCCCAGUCUGAGCUUUUACUAAUGCAGCUCAGUUCACUAGAAAUAAACGGCCCACAAGCUUCGAUUCCAUCUGUUUUAUUGUACCGUGACCAUGCUGAUGAAUCUUUUACAGUGGUAUGAAAAAGAGUAAGUAAAAUAAAGUUAAGAUUUACAAAAAGAGUGCAAUAAAUAAUAAAACAGCCUCUAAACUCUUCCUAUAGCUUCCAAUAAGAGUCUGGUUGAAGGUAUUUUGGAUCAUUCUUCUUUACAAAACAUCUCCAGUUCAGUCAGGUUUGAUGGUUUCUGAUCAUGAACAGCCCACUUAAAAUUUACACUACAGAUUAAUAAUAAUAAUAAUCAGGUCUGGAGACUGAGAUGAUCAUUCCAGAAUGCUGUACUUGUUCCUCUGCAUGAACGCUUUAGUAGAUUUUGAUCAGUGUUUAGGGUCGUUGUCAAGAAUCUGCUGAUAUUGACUGGAAUCCAUGAGACUCUCAACUUUAACAAGAUCCCCAGUACCUGCACUGAUCACACGGCCCCACAGCAUGAUGGAACCACCAUCACAUUUUACUGUGGGGAGCAGUAAAGUGUUUGUCUUGAAAUGCUGUUCUUUUGGGCUCUAAUAAUUAGUGCUAAAUGUAUUCAAAUCAAUAAAACAACAAGAUUGCCCAAAUGAUGAACCUUCCCAAUUUUGUUUAAAGAAUUAUUGCACACUUUUUGUAAAUCCUAUAAACCUAAUUUCACUUCUCAAAUAUCACUGUGUUCUUCUGCUAUAUGAUCUAUUUAACUGAAAUUUCUGAUCCGAACCAAUGAUUUAUAAAGGAAAAUAAUGAAAAUGAUCUGGGGUGCCCAAACUUUUGCAUACCACUGUACUUAGUACACCAGUGAUGACUUUCUUCUUCAUGACAUUCAGUUGUACCAGUUACGGACAAUAUUUGUACAAUGGUUCAGAUUGAUUUUCCAUAAUUUCUCACCUUGACAGUUGUUUAUUUUCCACCCAUAGACAGCUUUAUGGUUUUUAUGUUGGUUGCAGAGCAUUUAUGUUGGAUAAAUGCUCUGCACAAAUAAAACCCAAAUCUGAAACUGAACUUAGACAUUCUUACUUUGAACAGUUAAUGUAUCAGAACACGCCUGGCCAACAAAUGACACCUGACAAUCACAUGUGAGCAAAUGGAGAGAUUUAGACAAAAUCCUCUGGACUGUGUGUCAGAUCCAAUAAAUAAAAGCUAAAAUGUCA